ACAAAAUGACAGACGAGAAAAGAUAUGACCCCAAAGACACGACUCUGAAGUUCGUCAACAGGCCUGAUGAUCUGGAUCCACUGCCCCCAGAAGAUGGAGACGUGUGUCUCAGAGCAGAAAUGUCCUGUGGACACGCAGUCACCCCGGAAUCACUGACAGGCUGGUGUCGCAGCCUGCUCGAUCAGGGCCAGUACAAAUUCAGGUGCCCGGCUUUGAAGGACGGCACCGAGCAGCAGUGCAAUGCUCUGUGGGCUUACCAAGAGGUUCGCAGACUGGCAGUGCUGACUGUUGAAGAGAUGCAGUACUUUGAGGAGCACAUGGCUCAUCUGGCUGCCAGUGAAUACUGUGAAUUCCAAACAUGUCCUGGGUGUAAAACCAACAUUGAGAGAGAGGACCUGACAAACCUCAAUGUGGAGUGCACGAUCUGUAAGGCAGACAAGAAGCCAUACCAGUUCUGCUGGCAGUGUCGGAAGACGUGGAAAGGUCGAGCUCCACGCUCUGACCGCUGCGACAACGACGGCUGCGUCAACCACGACCUCGAGAUUCUCAAGAACUGCAAGGACGCCACGCUUUCUGAGGUGCAGGGGGUCGAGAAGUGUCCCUCCAUCCGGGCCUGUCCCACCUGUGGCCAGCGCGUGGAGCAUGACAAGACAGGCUGCAAGAACAUCAUCUGUCCCCGUUGUCAGGUGGAGUUCUGCUUCGUGUGUCUGAAGCUCACUGAGGAGUGUCUGCUAACAAGCUCCUACUUCAUCCCGUGCACUGACGGCGUGGCGCCCAGACAAAUGUUGAUACCUGUGUGGCACAGAAACCGAGAGGAAACACGCUUCUUCUUCUCUUAGCUCAUACUGUUUUAGAAUUUAGUUUCAAUACCAUAGUUAGAUUCUUGUAGAAUAAAGCAAAACAAAUAAUCAAUAAUUGGUCUUCAUCUUGGUCGUUGUUUACAUCCUCUGGGAGAGUAAAUAUAUCUUGCUCUUUUGUUUGUUGUUGGUGUUUAAUGUCAGUUGGCAUCUGUAAUCUUGCAUUUCCGCCUUAUUCCUAUGCUGUUGUGUAAUCACUUGAUUUUAUAGUUGCCGUCAAAGGUUUUUCAAGUGAAUGCUCAAUGACGGUUAAUCAAUAAUUGUGGUAUAACUUAAUAAAGGCUUAAUAAACACAA